GGGUACCCUCUAGAGAGGCUUCAAUAAAGUACAAUGGAUGAAUUAUCAGACUAUACUUCGCCGGUUAUUGAAUUUAAUGCAUCACAUAUCACAGAGAGGAAAUUUAAACUGAUUGAUAACAGCACUGCUACAGAUCCUUCGCCACCAAAAAAUGAUGCGUCUGUAGAAACUCAUACGAAAUGUUCACAGGAAACACAAACUGAAACGUACCAAACAUUAGCUGAAAAUGUUGACGAAAGGAAAUUAGCAAAUUGGUUACAAAAUAUCUAUCCAAAUGUUGAAAAGGAAUUGAUUAAAGGUUGUACACCCGCCCUGGAGUCACAAACAAAUGAUCUGUCCGUAGCUGAUAUUGAAAUACAACCAUACCAAAAGCUAUCACUGCCAGCUGUAACAAAUUCUCAAGGACUCGCCAUUUGGUUGUCGGUAUAUACUAACAAUGCACCUGUCCUGGUAGUCACAACAGUUGCACCACAUGAUGACUGGUGUGAACACGUUGAUCAGUAUUUGAAGCUUUUUGUUCCCAAACGAAUUGCCAAUGGUAACUUCGUGACAUACAACGAAAUAAAAAGUAUCCCUAUUAAAGCCUGCCUGAAAAGUUUGUGUACAAAUCCUUUCAAUAAAAACAUUUUUGUUGGUUCCACUUUCGAUGGUGACAUCUAUGUCUGGCAAUAUGAGCAACAAUAUCAGAGCCGUGCCAAAAAUAACAUAGAAAUCAAAGAAAUUUACCACACGACUUUACUCUAUGGUUAUGCAGUGGCAUUGGACUGGUCCAGCGAAAACACUUUAUUAACAGCUCAUGGAAAUGGCUACGUUGUACAAUGGCAUCUUGGCAAAGAGAUAACUAAAGAAGCAGAAUAUCAAAUAAAAGCGCCUGUCAAUGCAUCUACGGAAAUAUGUACAUUACUUGCUCUAAGUAUCAAUCAUUUUGUCGUUGGGACUAAAGAUGGUUCAGUUUUUUACUGUACGAGUUCGAGUUUGUCUACUGUAAAACGUCACUUGGAAAUUGUGGCUCUAAAAAAACAUUUAUUUAUGACAUCAACACUUUUAAAGACCCAUGUAAACGGACACAUUAUGGUGAUUAGUUGUGACUUAAGUGGCCAAGUUUAUUUUCACGAUUUACGGAAUUCGAAUGAUGAUACUGAUACAACUGUUACACAAAUACCUUUGCCAUUUACAAAUACCAUUGCCUGUUCCCGUGAUGGAAAUUUUAUUUAUUCUCCUGGCCAAGAUGGUUCUCUUGAGUAUUAUAGGCUAAAUAACGGGUUACAAAACACUGUGAAGGGAGCAUUGAAAGGUAAAGGAAAUUUCAUCAAAUCAAGUGACAAUGGAUGUUGGUUAAUAACAGGACUAUACGAAAACGAAUUUCAAAUAUUUUCAAUAGAAUCCUGAAGUUUUUAAUUUAUUUUGUAAAUAAUUUUAUUUAAAUGAAACUCAUUUAAUUGCUUAAUAAAAAUAUAAAAU